UUCCAUAUUUUUACACAGACGGAAAUGACAACAUUUUCGAGAUCGAUGCCGUCAGUGGUAACAUCACACUUAUUACAAAAUUGAAUGCUUCUGCAACAUUGACACACGUACUUACUCUACAGGCUAAUGAUACUGUGAACGUAGCGACAUUCAAUGUAACAUUUACAUUGAGUACAGCGCCUGUCAUGGUAAUUCCUGAUCAAGUAACAGUUGUUGAAGGCGGUGCUAUAGGAUCUGAUGUAUUAACGUUGAACUCGACAGAUCUUGAUGGUGACACUGAUCCAGUUUACGAAAUCGUUAACCAAAGUGUAGCUGAAACAUUCAAGAUUAACGAAAAUAAUACAAAACUUGUCACUAAUGUUUCCAUUGAUUACGAAUCAGUGAAGAAUUUUACAGUUACUGUUAGAGUGACUGAUACAUCUGCAUUUGAAAAGUCGUCAACAUCAGAAUUUACAGUUUCCGUAGUUGAUGCUAACGAUGAAACUCCAGUAUUUACUUCUGCCAAUUCCACUGACAUACCAGAAACUACAAAUAUUGAGACUGUUAUCUAUACCGCCACAACGGAGGACAUAGACACAACUGGGACAGUAUCUUACGCAAUUAUAGACGGGGAUCCAAACAGUGUGUUUGACAUCAAUGCACACAACGGCAGUGUUACUCUUGAGUCAGCACUCAGUCCGACUACGGUAGAGAAUGUAACAUAUAACCUUGUUAUACAAGCGAAUGAUUCAGUGAACACAGCAACACUCAAUUUUACUGUCAAUGUUAAAACAGCUCCAGUUGUGCAUGUCGUCGAUAUAAAUCUUCGCGAGGAUGUCAAUACAACCGGUACAUAUACUGUAUGGGCAAUAAAUUCAACUGAUGCAGAUGGGGACGAAGAUACAACAUUUACAAUAGUUUCGCAGAGUUCUCCGGGUACUUUUGAGAUCAGUACCGACAAUGCAAUAGUUACUAACGCGUCGUUUGAUUUCGAAGUAACCAAAAACUACACAAUUGUCAUAAACGCCACAGACUCUUCCGUAUUCCAUUUAUCAUCAACAGUAACUCUAACGGUUUUCAUCACGGAUGUAAAUGAUGUAACACCUACAUUUACGUCAGAUACGUCCCUUGUCGUCCUGCAAACUACCGAAAUAGGUACAAUACUGUAUAAUGCCACUACAGAAGACAUAGACACGGUUGGAAAUGUUACGUAUACAAUAACAGAUGGGAACCGGGGCAAUGACUUUAGUAUAGAACCUGAAACCGGCGGGCUUACACUCCAGAACAACCUAGAGCCACAGGUGGAGUCAGACGUUGUGUAUUUUCUUGUUAUAGAGGCAAAUGAUACACAAAAUACAGCUUACCUAAAUCUUACAGUUGAUAUUAAAACAGUGCCAUAUCUAAUUGUUACUGAUAUGAACGUCACGGAAAAUACUGACACAAGUGGUCCUUUCCACGUCUGGACUAUUGAAUGGAUUGAUUUAGAUGGUGAUGAGAAUCACACAUUUGCCAUCGUCAAUGAAAGUGCACCUGGUACAUUCGAGAUUACGAAUGAAGUCCUAGUCACGAACGUCACAUUAGACUACGAAACAGUGAAAAAUUAUACAGCAACCAUAAGUAUUACUGAUGUACACGGAUUGUCGUCUGCUGAUACAAUUACUCUGUCCGUCCUUGACCAAAACGACGUGGCUCCUGUGUUUACAAGUAACGAUACCUUAGAUCUGUCGGAAGAAACCGAAACUGGAGUAGUUGUGUACACAGUUUCGACAACAGACCCGGACACUGUAGGAUCCAUAGAAUACUCAAGUUUGGAUCUCAGUUUUAACCUGAAUGCCAGCACAGGAGAUCUCACGUUGCCACUUGCUUUAGACUUUGAAACAACCCCAUCCUUCACUUUUAAGAUUACAGCCAACGACAGUGUUAAUGUUGCAACCUUCAAUUUAACUGUCAACGUGAAGACAAGGCCUGAUAUUAAUUUUACCGGUGUAAAUGUUGAAAUCUCCGAGAAUGAAGAUACAUCAGACUUCUUUGUGCUGCUGAAUUUAACCUCCACAGACCGAGACGGUGACCCUAACCCACAAUACGACAUUAUUUCUGAAAGUGUACCUGGCACAUUUGUGAUAAACGGUGACAAACUACAAACUAACGCUUCAUUUGAUUACGAACAAUUACAGAGCUACUCUGUUAACAUUAGAGUGACUGAUUCAAGCUUAGGUUUAACGUCCAACGACACCUUAACAGUGACAGUCACAGAUGUCAAUGACAACGCUCCAACAAUUUUAUCACCAACAACUUUGGAAUUACGCGAGGACACUCCCACUGGUACACUUGUAUUUAGAGUUACAGCGAUGGAUUUGGACACAGUUGGAAAUUUAUCUUUUUCAAUCAACGAUGGCAACACAAACAAUGACUUCGGCAUCGACGCAGAGAGUGGUAAUGUGACACUCGACAAUGCAUUAAAUGCCUCGGCACAAAUAAGUUACAGUCUUGUUAUUGUCGCUAGUGACGGCACGCUCAAUGAUACAAAAAAUCUCAACGUUACAGUCAAAACAGCGCCCGUUUUGGUGUUCCCGGAUUCCAAUGUAACACUUGCCGAAGGUACAUAUGCGGGUGUGAACUUUUCUGUCCUAACGCUUAGCUCAGCUGACCUUGAUAAUGAUCCAAAUCCACGAUACGAACUGGUGUCGCAAAGUGUUCCAGGAACCUUCUUUCUCAGCGAAGACAAUACUCGGCUUUUAACGUCUGCAGAUUUCAACUACACAGCUUUGAAUAUGUACGAAGUAACACUCAGAGUAACAGAUUCAUCCGAUUUUAACAUGACGUCAACAAGAAAUUUAACAGUGUAUAUAGCUGAUACAAAUAACCUGCCACCAAAAUUUACAUCUCCAACUUCACUUGCCAUUCCGGAAAACCUAGCCACGGGUUCUGUAGUGUACACGGCAGUGGCAAUCGACAGGGACCUUGUAGGAGAGAUAUCUUAUACAAUACUCGGUGGGGAUACCAAUGACGACUUUGACCUUGACCCGGAGAGUGGGAACUUAACAUUAGCCAAGAUGUUAAGACCUUCUGAACUAUUGCAAUAUGUACUUGAAAUUCAAGCUAACGAUACAGUUUACACAGACAUCUUGGAACUAACUGUUGAUGUCAAGUCAAUUCCAGUUAUUGCAGGCGACAACUUAACGAUUGUUGAAACUACCGAUACCUCUGGGACCUAUGUUGUUUUGGAACUGACUUCCAGAGAUCUAGACAAUGAUACUGAUCCUGAAUAUACCAUCAUAUCUCAGAGUGUUAAUGGCACAUUUGAGAUCACAAACGGAACGCUUCUGACCACAACUGCAAUCUUUGACCAUGAGACCAGGAACAGCUAUGAAAUAGUUGUACAGGUGACAGACACGUCGGACUUUGCUUUAUCGUCGUCGGCAACAUAUACAGUGGUAAUAUUAGAUGCUAAUGAUGCGGCUCCAGUAUUUACAUCUGGAACAGAGAUAUAUGUAUCUGAAGAGGAAAAGCCUGGUUGGUUAUGCUUAAAUACCGGCUCACUGGGACCAUGGAGUCCUUUCAAAUUAAUGCAAACUAUCCCUCAUUAAAACCAAGUAUGCAAU